AUGUUGAGAUACCCACGUCUUCUCAGGACAUCGAGCAAUUUCGUCAGAUACAACUCGCAUGAGGGUAAUAAGAGAUUCAUGCAAACGGUGCCAGCGGCUACCAAGAGAUCUCCUGCCGCCAACUUUGGCAAUUUGAACUAUAAACUCAACACCGAGAUGAAUGCUACACCUGACACUAGAUCGUCCUCACCUAGAUUGGCCAAGUGGGCCAAGCACUCAUUGUCAUUUCCAACGGAUUUUAAAAAGAGCAACCCAGUCAAUGACCAACUCAACAUUGAGCUCCCGCCUAAACCGGUGGUGAGAAGAUCAAGAAAGUCUCGGUUUGCUAGCGAAGCUGCAAAGGAGGAGAAGCAGGUCGCUCCUCAAGUACAGCGGGAAACACAACAGAACAUAGAACAGACGCAGGCGCCAGUCCGGGCAGCUGAGCUUCCCAAGGUUUCCUCGGAGGAGCCCGUGAAGCAAAAGAAGCCCAGAAGAAAGUUGCGCCCUAGAAUGGCAUUGAUCACAUUGAGUCCCAACGCAGUCGAACACCUCCGUGCAUUGCUUGACCAGCCCGAGCCUCAACUCAUACGCAUAGGUGUCAGAAACAGAGGAUGUUCUGGAUUGACUUACCACUUGGAGUAUGUGACAGAGCCUGGAAAGUUCGACGAGUUGGUAGAGCAGGAUGGCGUUAAGGUUUUCAUUGAUUCCAAGGCCCUCUUCUCCAUCGUGGGCUCCGAGAUGGACUGGAUCGAUGACAAGCUUUCAUCCCGUUUCAUCUUCAAGAACCCAAACUCCAAGGGCACUUGUGGCUGUGGAGAGUCUUUCAUGGUGUAG